GAUGUUACAUUGAAAUGGUUUACCUGUGAGAGGUUAGUUUAAUGGGUUAAGGGAAAAAAGACGUGAAAAAUAUUUAGAAAAGUUGGAAGGAUCAAAGUAAAUCUUCAAUCGAAUGAUAUGCCACUGGAUAGCUUCCGAUCUGUUUGUGACGUUUGCAUCGAGCACAAGUUUGUAUAAUUUGCUUCUUUUCUCAAAACCCGUUCGAAUUAACCGAUCAUAUCCGUCAUGACACAAGCCCCUCUUAAUGAAUGAAAGUGGGUUUUAAAUGCUAUUAUACUUUCAUUUGUCAUAUUUUGAACAAAUCAUUGAUAAUAGAUAUUUACAUGUAUCAUGUUGAUUGAUUCGAAAAGAGGUACAGUAUCGCACUUUUACUGAUUCACUAAAAGAAAUGGAUAUGUCGUACAAGAUACUUCUGUUUCAAGCUAAGGGCAGUCAAAAAAGUCAGCAAAAAAGCUAUGACAUGUUAAAUCGCAUAACAAUACUUUCUUACAAUUGUUGUUAAUAGUGCAAGCCAAUCUUUUUUAUAGUUUUAUAAGGGUUUGACUUUCUGUUUGUUUUAAGCCUCAAUGUAGCGAGUUUACAGGGCACCGUUGAAAAUCAAUUCACUUCUCUUACCAAUAAAUCAAACUUUAAAGUUAAAGAGAAACUUUCUCGCCAUAGAUAGAUGUACUGUAAACUUACUAUUAGUUGUAUUAACAAUUGAAUGUUAGCCAUUCAGAAUUCUAAAAUUGACAAAGGUCACUUUUUCAUGCAAUUUUCCUAAUUAAAUCGGUAAACUACACGAUAUUCAGUUUUUUUUCUGCAUUCCUUAUUGAUUGCAUCUCAAUAAGAUAAUUUGGUAGAUCAAUAUCGAAUCCAUGAUCCGAUCUCAUUUCUUGCUAUUUAGCUGAGCUAAAUCUCACACUAAAAAUUCGUUCGUAACCUUAAAUAUUAUUGAAAAAGGUGUCAUUACUGUUAAUGUGUUUUAUAACUAAUUUAACAAUAAUAUAUUAAUUUUCCUCGAUUAUAUGUUUGGACAUAUUUAACUUCUGCUAUAGUUCAUAAUUGCUGAAAUCAAACACAUCUCUAGAGCCGAUCAUCUGCAUUGAAAAGUGAAUUUGUUAGGCUUAAGCAUUAGUUGAUUUUAUAAUGUUUAUCAAUGAACUUCCAGACGAUUGUUUGCUCAUCAUUUUUGGUUUAAUGGAUGAAUUAGAUGAUUUAUUAAACUGCUAUAAGGUUUGCAUCAAAUGGAGCCAUUUAAUAGCGGAGCGAGCUAAAAAAGUUAAAUACUUGGUUGAACAUCGAGAUUGGUGGAAUAAUGAACCAUUUCCAAGUUAUACUUUUGACCAUGUUUAUUAUCGAACAGAGAAACCAAUUGAUGGAGACUGUCUGAGCACAUUAUUUCCAAAUCUAAUGAUUGCUGACUUUUCCGGAUUGCGUGAAAAAGUGAAAUUUCAAGAUCUUGUUACAUUGGUUAAAAAUAUAAAAUCUUUUAAAGGAUUAAUUCAUCAAGUUCAUAGCGACGAAGAAUCAAUUUUUCAAUAUUGUGAUCAACUCGAAAUGGUAUCCACCGAUUUCAUGGAGCCAUGCAUACAAAAGAAUGGUGUUAAUAUUAAACAAUUGCAUAUUUCGGGCUAUCAACUAUAUUAUUUCCAGCAAGAUGCUCACUUUUUCCCAAAUCUUGAAAGACUACAUAUUUAUUUCAAUGAAAACUGGCCAGAUGGCUACUACGAUGGUCCGAUAUUGAGAAAACUUAAAAUUCUUGAACUGUUCUUAUCUUCUUAUUGUCCUGAUGACAUUUAUUAUGGUUUCCAAUUCAUGGAUUCAUGUCCAAAUCUUCAAAGUGCACACAUUUACUUACAAUAUAAUCAUAUUUUUGUUGAUGAAUCAUUAAAACAUAAAUCUUUGCAAGAUUUAGUUAUUGAAUUUUUUCAUCCUGGUCAUAAUGAAAGUUUCAACUGGAAUGAUUGGAAAAGAUUGUUUAUGAAAUAUACAAAUCUUAAGCAUCUUGCAAUGUGUAGCUUCAAGGACCUGGAAAAUGAACAUGUCGAACAAAUGGUCCGCAUAUUGCCCAAUUUAGUGUUAUUCGAAGUUCGUUGUUGUCCGGGGGUCACUCAGAAGGCUGCUGAUUAUGUUCAAGAUUUUAAUAAGCUAUAUGGACGAUCAAUCAAGCUUUAUUUCGAUGAAAAUCACCAUGAAAUUCAAUCAGAUUGGCCUCAUUUAUCCACUAGGUGUGGAAAAAUCAGUCAAGGCUUUGAUUUCAUGAAACAUUGUUUUCUCAAACAUUUUCAUAGCCUUUCUAUUUUUUUAAUUUCUGAUGAGGACUAAAUAACCAAAUUCACACACACAUUGUAUUCAUUGGUUUCUCAAUAAAGAGUCUACAAUGUAUGACAGGAUUUUAUAUCUGAUUCUUAAAAUGUCUUAAGGUACCGCAAAAGUCACUAUUAAACAUUUUGCCAGGUCAAAAAAGUCUUUAAAACACUAGUCACUACAUAUUUAAAAUUGAAAUAAAAAGAUAUUUGACGUCUAUGGAAUUGAUUCUUAAGCAUGAAAAUGGUGUUUCAUGCCUAAUGAAACUCAUAGAAACAUUUAUUUUGCAAAAUUAUUUUGACCAACUUGGAAAUUUGCCAUUUUGCACAUGAUAUUCGAAAUUUUACUCAUCAUGAUUUAUUAUGAUAUUCAUCAACUUUUAAUAAGAAUAUGUAUUGAAUUACCCGAAAUCAUUCGAGAUCAGAGAACCAAAAAGAGCACAUUUGCAAAUUUAAGAUGUGUUGAUUCAAAAUCGAAACGUGUCACAUUGAUUUCAAAAUGUCUGGAAUAGGAUUCGAUUAAACUGGAAUCAAACCCAAUGAGUUACAUAAUCCACGCUUUUCUGUGAUUUAAAGGAUUGUAUCUUUUCCUUGUGUGAAAUUUCUUUACGCUAUAACUUUACAGAUUUCGUGGAUAGUAAAUUCUAUUGUUACUCUUUGCCUCUCUCCUUCAAAAUUUGCUCCAUACUUGAAAUUUUAUGCAAACAAAUGUCAUUGCUGUUAAUGUGUUUUAUCACUAAUUUGCUUUAUUUUUCUUAAUUAUUAAUAUAUGUUUAUGCUACCGAAGUUUAUAAUUUUGUUGGAAUCAAUCACAUCUUUAGAUCGGAUCAUCUGCAAGCUGUGAAUCUUCAGGCUUAAGCAUUAGUCGAUCUUACGAUGUUUAUCAAUCAACUUCCAGACGAUUGUUUGCUCAUCAUUUUCAGUUCAAUAAAUGAAUUGGACGAUUUAUUAAAUUGCUAUAAGGUAUGCAGCAAAUGGAGCCAUUUAAUUGCGGAGCGAACCAGAAAAGUUAAAUAUUUGGUUGAACAUACUUAUUGGUGGAACAAUGGAUCAUCUCCAAAUUAUCCAUUCGAUUAUGUUUAUUAUCGAACAAAGGAACCAAUGGAUGGAACUUGUUUGAGCACAUUAUUUCCUAAUUUAAUGAUUGGCGAAUUCUCUCAUGGAUUCCAUAAAAAAGUAAAACAUGAAGAAAUUGUUUCAUUGGUCAAAAAUAUAAAAUCUUGCAAAGGAUUGAUUCAUCAAUUCUAUCAAGGAAAUGAAUCAAUAUUCCAAUAUUGUGAUCAACUCGAAAUGGUGUCAACUGAUUACAUUGAGCCGUGGAUAAAAAAGAAUGGUGUAAAUAUUAAACAAUUGCACCUUUUGGGUACUCUCGAGAGUUUCAAGGAAGAUGCACAUUAUUUUCCAAAUCUUGAAAGACUAUACAUUCAUGAUGAUGGAGGCCAAAACUGCAUCUACGAUGGUCCCAUAUUUAGAAGACUUAAAAUAAUUGAAUUGGCCUUAUCUUCUUUGGAUGAUGUUGAUGGUGUGGUCGGUCCAGACGUUUAUUAUGGCUUCAAUUUUAUCGAUUAUUGUCCCAAUUUACAAAGUGCACAUUUUAAAGUGGACUCUGAUGUGACACUUGUCGACGAAUCAGUAAAACACAAAUCUUUGCAGGAUUUAGUUUUACAUUUUGAUUCCGGGUUCGAUGAGUGGUAUCAAUUGAAAUUUGGAUUAAUCAGUUUGUUCUUGAAAUGUCCAAAUCUUAAACAUCUUGCAAUGAGAAAAUGCUAUCCCUUGGAAAAUGCACAUGUCAAGCAUUUGGUGGGUAUUUUACCCAAUUUAGUGUUACUCGAUGUUCGUGGAUCUCCAAAAGUCACUCGGGAGGCUGCUGAUUAUAUUCAAGAUUAUAAUAAACUACAUGGACGAUCUAUCAAGUUUUAUUUCAAAGAUAAUCACCAGAAGAUUUCAUCAGAUUGGCCUCAGUUAUCAACUGAGUGGGGAAAAAUCAGUCAAGGUUUUGAUUUCAUGAAACAUUGUUUCCUCAAAGAUUUUCCCAGUCUUUCUACUUUCUUGAUACCUUGUGAGGACUUGUGAAAACCAAAUGAACACACUUAUAAAUUGAUAUCUCUAAUGAAAAGGUCUCUACAUUCAGUCAUAAUUGUGACUGUUUUUGUGAAUUCACAGUGUGUUGAUGCUUUGACGGUGUAGAAUCAACUCUUAUUUUAAUAUCAAUGAAUUUCAUUUCAA